GCGCAGGCGCGAGGAGCGGGGCUGGCCUCGGCCCCGGAAGCCGCAAGCGCUUGUCUGUCGCGGGUCGCUGGCCUGAAGACCAUGAGCGCGGCGGGCGGCCUUCGUCGCCGUGCGCGACUGUCCCGCCUCGUGUCCUUCAGCGCGAGCCACCGGCUGCACAGCCCAUCCCUGAGCGAUGAAGAGAACUUGAAAGUGUUUGGGAAAUGCAACAAUCCCAAUGGCCAUGGGCACAACUAUAAAGUUGUGGUGACAGUGCACGGAGAGAUUGAUCCUGUUACAGGGAUGGUUAUGAAUUUGACUGACCUCAAGGAAUACAUGGAGGAGGCCAUCAUGAAGCCCCUGGAUCAUAAGAACCUGGAUCUGGAUGUGCCACACUUCGCAGAUGUUGUCAGCACGACAGAAAAUGUAGCUGUCUAUAUCUGGGAAAAGCUCCAGAAACUUCUUCCAGUGGGAGCUCUUUAUAAAGUAAAAGUGUAUGAAACUGACAACAACGUUGUAGUCUAUAAAGGAGAAUAGACCUUAGGGUUAAUAUUGCAGAAAGGCUAGUUUCUUUUCAUGUUUGAAAGACUCUUUGUCCUUUUAGAAUACACAGCAGUCACCACAUACUUGUGUCCCCACCUUUUAUUCUGGAAUACCCAAGCAUUAAAAUACCUGUAAGGUCUAUAUUUAAAUGUAUCAAAAAAUCAAACUUGCAGUAUAUCCUGAACAUAUUUUUGGUGAGGAAGCAGAGGAGAAAUGAGGACUGAGGUCAGGGCCUCACUCAUGGGAAGCAUGUACUCAGUCCUCUCAGCCAUUGUGGGGAUCUUGUGUCUAGAGAUUAAAAAUUAUUUCAUCUCGGCGAAAUGUUUUGAUAUAGAAUUAUUUAAAGGUAAAGAAAGCCCAUUUUGUUGUAUGUAUUCUCUGUUAUAUACCUUAUUUUCAACAUUUGUGUUUUUUUUUUCUUGGAAUAAUAUAAAUAGUAAGAAUGUUUAUGCAAUUUUGCCAGGCCAGGCCCCAGGGACUGCUGCAGGCUGACCAGCUCGGCUGCCAUUCGGUCCAGGGCUUUGAGCUGGUCUCCCCCGGCAUCUGCCCCAUCUACAAGCUGCUGGAGCAUGUGAAGGGGCUGGUGCUGCAGAUCACCCUGACUCUGGCAACAGUAUAAUAGCUGAAAUGAGUCUCAACAGUGGUCCAGUAUUCAUAAUUUAUAGUACCUCAGACACCAGAAGACUUGAACCAGACCAAGGACUCAUUGCAAUGAAUAUUCGCAUGCAAAGUUGCCUGGGUGGUGAUGAUAAUAAUGAUAAGUGACAUACUGCAGUUUCCAAUGCCACUACUACAAAUGAGUAUUUGGUGAGAAAGGUGGGAAAGAUAGUGGAGCAAAGGGGUGAGUGAAUGGUAGAGAAAGGCCGAACUAGAAACACCACUACCAUGAAUGGCAUGAGAGAAGCACGUGGUAGAUGUCAUUGCUGUUGCCAAGUAGGGUGGUGUAAUAUAUGUGAUAUAUAAUAUAUAAUGCAGUUUCUUUUUCAGUCUGUGUUUGGUGUCAUGGCCCAUUUGCAAUUUAUUUGUUAAGUGAUCUUAAAUAGCUUACAUUUUUUUCAAUUUAAACUUCUUAUCAAUAAAAUGGAAAAAUGCCUUCCUUAAAUGGUAUUUGUAGAACUUGAAACACAAAGUACCUUUCAAAGUAAUAACAGCAAUCCUGCCUUUCAAGCAAUCAAUACAAAAUAAAAAAAAAUUGCACAUGAAUACAAUUUUUGACAACUAAAACAUACUAUAAUUUAACUAAGUGGGCAUUGCAUUGUCAAAAUUGGGAAUAAAAGUUCUUUGUUUACUCUC